GGCAGAAGCAGGGGAAGAAGGAGAGGUUGUAACUGUCAAACAUCCACACGCAGUUCCAGGUACAGCAAAGCUUCAGUGGACACGAUGGCUAGUCCAGGAAAAGAGAAUUACAGGAUGAAGAGCUAUAAGAACAAAGCACUGAAUCCUCAGGAGAUGCGUCGAAGGAGAGAGGAAGAAGGAAUCCAGCUACGCAAACAGAAAAGAGAGGAGCAGCUGUUCAAGAGGAGAAAUGUAUGUGUACCUUCAAGUGAUGAAUCAAUGCUGGAGUGUCCCAUCCAGGAUCCAGACAUCAGCUCCACAGUACCUGUUGCUGGUGAUGGGGUCAUAACUCCAGAUAUGAUUCAGAUGAUCUUCUCUGAAGACCCAGAUCAGCAGCUAAUCGCUACACAGAAGUUCAGGAAGUUACUCUCCAAAGAGCCCAACCCUCCCAUAGAUGAGGUCAUUUCCACUCCUGGUGUUGUGAAUCGUUUUGUGGAGUUUCUGAAGAGGAGUGAAAACUGUACACUACAGUUUGAGGCUGCCUGGGCUCUAACCAACAUUGCCUCAGGUACCUUCCUGCACACCAAGGUGGUGAUUGAAACAGGAGCUGUGCCCAUUUUCAUUGAACUGCUGAACUCUGAGUAUGAGGAUGUCCAGGAACAGGCGGUGUGGGCAUUGGGGAACAUAGCUGGAGAUAAUGCUGAGUGCAGAGACUACGUACUCAACUGUGGCAUCCUGCCAUCUCUACAACAACUGCUUGCUAAAUCCAACCGUCUCACAACAACCCGUAAUGCAGUGUGGGCACUGUCUAACCUGUGCCGGGGGAAGAACCCACCACCUGAUUUUGCCAAGGUGUCUCCUUGUCUCAGCGUAUUGUCCAGGCUUCUGUUCAGCAGUGAUCCAGAUGUGCUGGCAGAUGCAUGCUGGGCUCUGUCUUACUUGUCUGAUGGCCCCAACGAGAAGAUCCAGACAGUCAUUGACUCUGGAGUCUGCCGCCGGCUGGUGGAGCUGCUCAUGCACAGUGAUUACAAGGUGGUUUCUCCUGCUUUACGUGCAGUGGGCAACAUUGUGACAGGAGAUGACAUUCAGACACAGGUGAUCUUGAACUGCUCAGCUCUGCCAUGUUUACUGCACCUGCUCAGCAGUCCCAAGGAGUCCAUCAAAAAGGAGGCAUGCUGGACUGUGUCCAACAUCACAGCAGGAAACCGAGCUCAGAUUCAGAAUGUGAUCGAUGCCAACAUCUUCCCAGUACUGAUUGAGAUCCUUCAGAAGGCUGAGUUCCGCACAAGGAAGGAGGCAGCGUGGGCCAUCACCAAUGCCACAUCUGGAGGCACACCUGCACAGAUCAAGUACCUGGUGUCUCUGAACUCCAUUAAGCCCAUGUGUGACCUGCUGACAGUGAUGGACUCUAAGAUUGUACAAGUGUCUCUAAACGGUCUGGAGAACAUCCUCAGACUGGGAGAACAGGAAGCCAAACAGAACGGAACUGGCAUCAACCCUUACUGUGCUCUCAUCGAGGAGGCUUACGGUCUGGAUAAGAUCGAGUUCCUGCAGAGCCACGAGAACCAGGAAAUCUACCAGAAGGCCUUUGACCUGAUUGAACACUACUUUGGUGUGGAGGAGGAGGAUGCCAGCCUGGCACCGCAAGUGGACCAAAGCCAGGGCCAGUUCAUCUUCCAGCAGCAGGAAGGACCCAUGGAGGGUUUCCAGCUCUAACCCUACCUCACCUCGUCAGCCCUUCCUUUUUCCUGGUUCUCUAAAACCCCUGCUGGAGAAAGCGGCCUACUGGGCCACAAACUCUCCUGGGUCCUCACCUGGUCUCUCCUGGGCCAGCUCCCCCAGACCUUCACUUCUACAAUGCCUUCACCACCAACUCUGGAGAGACAGAGGGAUUUGUGAAUAAUGAGAUGACAAGUGACAGCACAUGUGGUUCAUUGAACCUGUGGGGGCCUGCAUGGAGAACUGAGCUCUGCUGGUGUCCCUCCCACUGAUCAGAUGUCUAUGCCAUUGAAGGCCUACUCAUGUUAAAGAAAGAAUUGUGCUACAGUAUGAUUUUCCUUUUGACUUCCUGUCAUUUUAUCAUUCUAAAUGAUGUUACAAUUAGAAAUUGUUUUUCCAAAUCAGCAUCCAUAUCCCUUUUUGAAUGUGAAACUACCUCUUCAGUCUUCAGAGAGAAAGAAAAAGAAGGGAAGGACAGAAAAGCCCUGAAUGAACAGAUGGAGCAUUUUCUUUUAUUAUAGCUAAAAUCCACUCUUGGUGUUCAGUUUGGGGUUUGGUGGCUGACCUGCCAGAAGCAAGGAAGCAGGUAGUGGAAGUAAAUACAUUACUACUGUACAUCCUGGGUUUGGCAUACUAAAACUCUGAAGCAGCUGUACAUGUUCUCUGGACUCUUUCUCCUCUCCUGUUCAUUUAAACGGACUUGAUGAUCACUUGGGGACUCAGUGGUCUUUAUUUAUUUGUCUUCUGAGAUCCAUGGAGGAUCUCUCUCUCUCUCUCUCGUUCGUUCGUUCUUUCUCUCUCUCUCUCGUUCGUUCUUUCUCUCCCCCCCCCCUCCUUUUAGCUCAGCCUGAAGGCAACUGCUUCCUGAAUUAUGUAAUUGGACAACUGGCACAAGUUAGUUUGAAAUCUGUGACUGUGUUGGCUGUUCACUGGUGUUUUUGCUGCUUAUUUUAAAUGUUCUGUAUUUCAGAAAGCAGUAUCAGGGCAAUGCAACAUGAUGCAGUGUGCACAACAGUCUCACUAGUUAAUGAGAUGUUUGCUUUGUUUUCUACCUUGUCACCCUGGACUAGCAGCAUGAUGUAUCUUAAAUUAUUUAGUUUUUCUGCCUGCAAUCGUUUCCCUUGAUGUGAUGGGAGUAGUUGACUGAAUUGGAGGGUUUUGUAUAUUAUAUAUACAUGUUAGAAAGUGUCAAAGUAUUUAAGUGGCUGUGAGAAGGUGUGAUAUACCGUUGCAGUACUUACAGUCCAUCACUGCUUCUACUUUAUGCAUCUCCCAUCAUUUCUGUUUGAUUUUGAGGAGGUUUGUCUCGUCUCAACUUUUCCACUUAGAUUUUUUUCAUGUUCUGAAUUUGUGGUUGAAGUCUUAGGAUGGAAGCACAGUGUUUAUUUUCCUACUUGAGGGUCUAUCUCUGAAAUUUUUUCGAUACGUGCACAUUUGAGCACAGCAACAUUAUUGGUGGAAAACCGAACAUGAAGUCGAUCUAUAUUUACAUGAAAUGGAAAAUAGUUAUAAUGCCUAAAUUACAUCAAGCACAUUCAAUCGUGUAUAGUUUUCUAAUAUUUCUGGUUUGUAUGAUUGUAUAUCAUUUUUAGGUUUUUGUAGUGUAAUUGUUUUUUUCCCGAUAGGGAAUUAAUUUGCUGUGUGCUUGUGGCUCUCAGUAGAAAUCGUCUGUUAGAAGACCAGCAGCCUGUGCACAGAGGAGGGAAUGACUGUAUGCAGCUGCAGUCUAAAGUUACUUACACUGACUGGACCACACAGGACUGGCAGUGAAGCUGGGUUAGGCUGCCUGUAGUGCUGCCUGGCCCCCUUGUGUGGGGAUGCACAUGUGAUAUUGUGUAACAAGAACUAAUAAAUCUAUCUGUUGGAUACAGA